CCAGAGGGGGAGGAAAGAUGGGAGGAGUGAUGUGGUGGGUCGAGCCGGGCGGCGCGAUCCGCGAAGUGGCGACCAGAGAGAGCGGCCGCCUCCUUCUCUGCCGCCACAGCCGCCGCACCUGAUCGGCUGGGGCUGGUGGACCAGAAGCCGCCUCCUCCCCCUCCCCCGGCUCCAGCAGGGCGCCCGGCUCCCCGAAUCGCUUGCCCAUGGCUUCAUCCGGCAGUGGCGUGGAGGAGGUGCGCGUCUCGGUGUUGACCCCGCUCAAGCUGGUGGGGCUGGUAUGCAUCUUCCUGGCAUUGUGUCUGGAUCUGGGAGCCGUGCUGAGCCCGGCCUGGGUGACGGCCGAUCACCAGUCUUAUCUGUCCCUCUGGGAGUCCUGCAACAAACUCGGCAACCCGGAGACCUGGCGCUGCAAAACUACCUUGAACAGCGAUUGGCAGAUUGCUACCCUUUCUAUGCUGUUGGGUGGUGCUGCCAUAAUUCUUAUAGCUUUCUUGGUUGGACUAAUUUCUAUCUGCGUGGGAUCACGGAGGAGGUUCUACAGGCCCGUAGCUGUCAUGCUGUUUGCAGCAGUGGUUCUUCAGGUGUGCAGUCUUGUCCUUUACCCAAUCAAGUUCAUUGAGACUGUCAACUUAAGAAUAUACCAUGAGUUCAACUGGGGCUAUGGCCUGGCUUGGGGUGCAACUAUAUUUUCAUUUGGGGGUGCCAUACUUUAUUGUCUGAACCCUAAGAACUAUGAAGACUACUAUUAAAGGAAACUUCUUCUUUUGUAAGGAAAGGAAUAAAACAAGGAUUGUCCUGUCUUUUAUAAGUGUUUUUAGUACUUUUGUAGAGUGCCAAGCUGUCUACUCUAUUGAUUUAUUAGCCAUUACUUUUUGACUAUAACUACUGCAAAUAGCUUUUUAACAUCUCUUUAAAAAACCUGAUAAAUUACACCUGCUACAUCUGUAGUGAAAUGAAAAAAAGUGGCAGCUACAGUAAGGAAGGUAAUGGAUAUGAGAAAAAACAGCUGUAUUUGUUAUAGUCUACUAGCACAAAAAUUGUGCAAUUGCCUCUAUAUAUCAUACAUGAUGAUAUAUGCUGAAAUAUGCUGAAUCUUACCAACUUAGGCUCCUGUCUUGUAUUGGUCCUGGGACUCUUACACAAAAUAAAUGACUGGAUCUGAGAGAAGACAAUUCAACCAAUAAGAACAUGAUUCAGCAGUUCUCAAACAAGAUGAGUUUGUACAUUUUCCAGCCAGCUGUGGUAUGUCAACAAGUCAAAACUUAGAACAUAUUCUUCAAAUUAUGUGGUUGGACAUUCAGUCUCAGCUGUAGCCAGGUUCUAGAAAUAAGGUGGAGAAUGACACAAAUCUACUGAGAAUUUUUAAAGGUGGGGGGAGUGGGGAAAAUAUGCAUGAGCUAUUUUUAUCUUGAUGCCAUUUCAUUUCUAAGCACCACAGUAAAGUUUUCAUGAGCAGUGUUUGAAAAUGCUUUAUAGAAGGCCAUUAUUGAUAUCUCUGUAAUUAUAGAACUAUGGAGAUAGAACCUGAGAUCCUAAGCCAGGGGUCUUCAAUCUUGCCCCUAUUAUGACUUCUGGACUUCAAUUCCCAGAAUUCCUCAGCCAGUAAUGCUGGCUGAGGAAUUCUGGGAGUUGAAGUCCACAAAUCUUAAAGUUGCCAAGUUUGAAGACCCCUGUCCUAAGCUAAUGGUAGAGUGCAGGCACAGAAGCUCUUAAAUGUCUGUGAGCUUAUAAGAGUUUUCUGCAACUAUUGGUUAGGCUUAAAAUAAUUAAAAUUAAUAUAGCUAGACUACCAUUUGAAGUGUCGGCAAAUAAGUGCUUGAAAUGGGAUGAGAUAUCUUCGUCAUCAUUGUCAUCACAAUAAAUCAUGGAUUAUUAUGUGGCAAAUGAGACACAAUGGAUUUCAGGUAUGCAUGGUACCAGGUUCCCGUGUUUUCCUCUGGCAUGAUUAUAUAAGGGGAGAUACAUGGAGAUUUUUUUUCCUAAGACUAAUUGCAGCUUCCUAUUUUAACGAAACUUGAUAAAUUGUGAUAAAUUUUAACAAUUAGCCAAUUUAAAACUAUGGAUUCUGAAACUAGCUUUUGCAAACAAGUCUUAGUUAAUAUUAACUACAUUUUUCAACAGUAAACAUUUAAUUUAGAGAAGUGUGACAUUACUUUGGCUUUAAGUAAAAGGUUCUAAUAUAUUUCUCUGAGCAACACUGUAGGAAGUUUGAGAUGUCUGUAAGAUUCUAAGACUCUCACAUAGCUAAGCUCUUAAGAUGAUAAAUAAUAGUUUGCCACAACAUCUAAUGCUGCCAGUGUGUUUGUUUGCCAUAAAUAUGAAGAUAAAAACAAACAUUUUAAAAUGGAAACAUCUAUAAAAAUCAAGGCAAUAUUAAUAUAAAUAUAUGUAUACUUUUUUGAGAGCAGUUGUUAAUCCAACAAGAUAUUGUCAGCCUUUAAUGAUACAUUUUGUAACACAUAUGACCAGGGCUGUAAAGCCAUACCAAUAAAUAUAUUUCAUUAAGGAGUGGGGGAAAAUAUUACUAUUAAACUCACUUGAAGUAAAAUUAGAAAAAAAGAAAUAUAACACAGUUUAGACAUUCUAAUUAAAAAAAGUGCUAAUGUGACAAAUCAUUCUUUGGAUACAUAUGAUUUUUUUUUAAAAAAAGAAAUGAAGCAACUAUAUUUUUUCCAUAGGGAUUACCAGGGAUAUAUUAUGAAAAUUAUAAAUUAUUGUAACAAUUAAUAUACAAAUUAUACUUUUUUUUCCUCCAGAUAUAAAGGACUAGAUGAGAGUUCUUUGCAAUUAUCAUUGCUUACUUAAUUUAUUUCCUGUUCAAAUUUUUCAAUAUAAAGACAUACAUAUAUAUAUAUAUAUUGUGACCAAAGUUAAUUUGGGAUGGGAAAUUGAAAUUGAUUUACCCAGGAUAACAUUUAUUUUUGUUUAGAAAUGUCUUAUUUGGAUAUUUUUCAAUUCUGAAAAUAUUUUUAUACAAUGUAUACGGUUCUAAUACAAAUUUAAAAACAAUUAUUUUUGUUACAUGUAAAUUAGAAUGUACCCUACUCUGACUCUCCUUUAAAACAUAAUACUUAAAACAAUGGAAAUGCUGCUCUGUGUUACUGCUCUGUAAUGCAGAAUUUCUUAAUUUGAAAACCUCAAAGUACGGUAAUAGACAAUUAUUACAAAUGACAGAAAGAAAAAUGGAGUGUCCUACAAAACAUAAAUCUAUUAAUAAAUAUGUUUAAAUAUAUAAUUAUUAACAAACACUUGUGUUUUUUAAAAUAAGAUCUGGACUAUGAUUUUUGCCCUAGACUAGAACUCUUUUAUGCCUUACACUUUCUGGGCAAUCUCCACUCAUCUACCCUAUAUUACUGAAGCUUUAAAAAAUAUUGCUUUAUAUCCAGGUAGAAGGAAGUAACAGCCUGCAUAUUCAGGAGCAGGAAUGACUCCCAUGCCUUUGUACUCCAUAUUAAAGAAAUCAUUGGUGUUAUCUGCUCUCAUUUAUCCUCCACCCUAAAACUUAUGCUAAUUGGGCUGGUAAGUAGCUGAGAAACAAAAGGAAUAUUUCAUUGGAAUUCCAUUUUGGAACCAUUGGAACCAUUGUAGAGAAUGUUAAGAAGUAAAGGGUGAAUUGCUCAAUGUUUUCCAUAUGUGGCAAAAUGUAUUUAGCAGAUUGAAAACCAAAAUGAGCCAACUUCCCAGUGACGAAGGUUAAAGAAACCAAAGUACUAUGAAGACGUUAUGUGUAAUAGUAGUCCACUAUUAGAAGAGAAGUAAUGGCAUUCCAGGAUUGUAAAGAUGAUUGCAUGCAAUUUGAAAUAGAAGUCAAUAUUUAUUUCCAUGUUGGUUAACCUUUUCCAGAAGUGGAUAUGUCUUAGCCCACACAGCAAGCUAGAGCCAUUUUAAUGCACAUUUCUGAAAUUCCUGAAUGAUAAUGGAAAAAGACCCGGGUUCAUUUACUGGCAGAAUUCCCUGAAAAUAAUGGAAAAGAAAACCUCUUGACAACUUGGAGACUUACUCCCAGAACUGAUAAUGCUAGGCUAAGUAGAUCAAGGGUCUGAUGUGAUAUCAUGCAGCUUUGGUUUCUUUAUGUACAGCCACCUUUGAGUGCAUAUCAUUUUGUUUUUAACUUUCUAAUCUAUGUGGAUGUCACAGAUGUCUUGGGUUUUUUUUUCACCAAUGCUAUUGCCUAGGAAUCUUGCACACUUUUAGAUAAGAUCGGCAUUGGAAUAAAAUAGAAAUGACAUUUACUGAAUGCAUUUAACUAAUUAGAUCAGAGGGAAUGUAUGCAGAUAAAAACAGGUUGAUGGAUAAAUUAUUCUUCAGUUUAGGGAUAGUUUUGCUAGAUCACAUUUCCAGGAUAAUAAAUUGGAAAAGGGCAUUUAGGACAUAGAAUCCACCCUUUGCUCAGUACAUGAAUCCAUGUUUCUAUACAAUUCCUGUGUAAUGAAUCUUUAGAAUGGUACAUCAUAACAUUGUAAUUUCAUAAUUGCAUCUGUUCAGUUGAUCCCCAAAUAUCCCUGCUUAGUUCAGCAAGUGUUAAAGUCAGCUUUUGUAUUUCCCUGGUUCAACCAAAUGAAAUAACAAAUUCUAAGAACAUUUAUAUGAAUGAAGCAUCUAUCUAGAUCACUGUUUCUCAACCUUGUCCACUUUAAGAUGUAUGAAUUUCAUUUUUUUUUAAUUCCCCAGCAUUUGUUGGGAGUUGAAGUCCACACACCUUAAAAUGGCCAAGGUUGACAAACACUGAUCUAGAGCUUUAAAGCAGUGGUAUCUUCCAAAUGCUUAGCCUGGCCACUUUAAAGACUUUAUUAAAUUCCCUCCAUAUAUCUUGAAUGUACACUAUUUCACUUCAUUAGUAAUACCAAUGAAGUAUUGCCUCUACAAUAUCACACACAGAUAAUAGGCUAUAUAACACUUCCAGAAAACAUUGUCUAUCACAUUCAUUUUCACCAAGGUGCUUCAUAAAGUGUUCUUUUCAUAAUGUACUAAAUAACAUUAUGGUCUAUAUCUUUGUAUGAUAAAUGAUACAUGCAGUGGAAAUUGUAUGUAGAGAAGGUACUGGGUGGGAAUACCUAAAAGAUUUUUCAAUUCCAUGGAAAUUAAUGGUGUACCAUUAAAUCAGGCUCAUAUACUUUGAUUUACCUGACUCAGGUAAAUUUGUAAUUUGUAAAUUCUUUCAUAUAAUAGUAUUUAGCGCUUCUGUUAAAUGAUGUAUUUUAGGAUGAGACUCCAAAAAUACAGGCCAAUUUUAAAAGACAAUACAAAAAUUCUUUAGGGUUUGUAAAGUCUUACAAUUCAUAUAUUAUUAGAAUUUAUAGAAGCAGUUUAUCAUCUAGAUAUGACAAAACCCAUUAGAUUAGCUAUAAGAAGCCUUGUAAGAUCCUAAUUCUUGAUUUUAGUUUUUAGUUUAUUUUGUUAUUGCCUUAAGUUCACAUUUUCAUGCUCAUUUACACCUUUUAAAGACCAUUAUUUCAAGGAUUUAAAAACUAAAUAUAAGUAUGUGCAAUGCAGCAUAACAAAUAUCUUUUUCCAUCUACUAAUUAAACAUUUGUCUCUGUGAAAGACUAUAUUUUGUAUAUAAUUAUAUUGUAUUAAAAUGUUGCACUAGCACUUCAAUUUCAUUUGGUCUCCUGUCACCAAUAUGAAAAUGUCAUGUAUCACAAAUAAUUUGCUUUAUAUUGCACACACAAACAUAGACACUUAGCCAAACUUCAGCUAAGGCGAGAUAUUUAUAUUUUUUAAGCUUUUAAAUAUCUAUCAAAUGCUGACAAAUGCACCUUUAGUUUUUGCAAGGUCAGUGUGUAAAUUAUAAAGAUGUAAUUAAAUAGAUUUAAGUGUUAGAAGUAAUACAUACCGAAGCACACCUGGAUUAGCAUAUACACUACCAUAUAUUAUUAACAUGCAAUGAAAUGAUUGAAACUAAAAUUUAAUCUUAAAAAUACUAAUAUAAUUCAUCUAGACUGUAUUUUUGUACAAAAUAGUACACACUAAUAUAUUAUCCCUUUAUGUACUAAAUAAUACCCAAAAUUGUGCCUAGAAAUUUUAUUUCUUUGUCCCAAUAAUAAAAACUAAAGUAUUCUUCAUGCUGUUGAUGGAAACUUGUUUAAUUAAUGUUUUUAUAACAUAUUCCAAUAUUGUGUUACAGUUACUAAGUGAUACAUCAAUCUUUGGUGUAUCUAAGUUAUGGAAAGAGAUAUAGGAGAACUUUUUAAAAAAGCAAAACUUAAUGGUGGUAUAUUUUUUAUUUUAUUUAGUAUUAUAUUACUAUUUCACAACUUUUGUAGCUUACAUUAAGUUGUAUGUUGAAAAAAAUAAUAAAACACUGUUAAAUGAA